ACGCAUCCCAUCCCAUUUCCUCAAACUUCUUCAUUCAAACCAAACCCAUAAUAUAAUAUAUAUAUCAGAAGCAGCAGCCAGCAAGAGAAGCUGAAGCUCACUCACAAAGAGACACAGAGAUAGUGUGACUCAAAAAACAACAUUCAUGGGGUUGGGUAUGCUCGCCUCAAGGGUCAUCAGACCCACUGCUUCCAAGCUCUCUCGAUCAUCGUCCCUUCAUUUCAUCCGACCCAUUGUCUCUACUCCGGAGACCUCGUCCGCCCAAUCCCAGCCACAACCCGACCCGACUCCAGAUCCCCCUCCUCCGUCGCCCCGACCCUCUGUGGCCGGAGCCCGAGUCCAUUUCCCCAACCCGGAAGACGCGAUCGAAGUGUUCGUCGAUGGGUACUCCGUGAAAGUCCCAAAGGGCAUGACGGUCCUUCAAGCCUGCGAAAUCGCCGGCGUCGAUAUCCCUCGAUUCUGCUACCACAGUCGCCUCUCCAUCGCCGGAAACUGCCGCAUGUGCCUCGUCGAGGUCGAGAAAACGCCCAAACCCGUCGCCUCUUGCGCCAUGCCCGCUCUUCCCGGGAUGAAAAUUAAGACGGAUACACCGUUGGCAAAGAAGGCUCGGGAAGGAGUGAUGGAAUUUUUGCUGAUGAAUCAUCCCUUGGAUUGUCCUAUCUGUGAUCAGGGUGGAGAAUGUGAUCUCCAGGAUCAGUCUAUGGCUUUUGGAUCUGAUCGUGGUCGGUUUACUGAAGUGAAGAGAGCAGUGGUAGACAAGAAUCUUGGUCCUCUAGUGAAGACUGUGAUGACUCGGUGCAUUCAAUGUACAAGGUGUGUUAGGUUUGCAACGGAGGUUGCUGGGGUUCAGGAUCUUGGCAUGUUAGGUCGUGGCAGUGGAGAGGAAAUUGGAACGUAUGUUGAAAAACUAAUGACUAGUGAGCUUUCUGGAAAUGUGAUAGAUAUCUGUCCUGUGGGAGCCCUUACCUCAAAGCCUUAUGCAUUUAAAGCUCGAAAUUGGGAGUUAAAGGGAACAGAGAGCAUUGAUGUUACUGAUGCAGUUGGAUCCAACAUUCGAAUUGAUAGCAGAGGUCCAGAGGUCUUGCGCAUCCUUCCGCGGUUAAAUGAGGACAUAAAUGAAGAAUGGAUCUCUGACAAGACUCGUUUUUGUUAUGAUGGUUUGAAGAGGCAGAGGCUAAAUGACCCUAUGAUUCGUGGUGCUGAUGGGCGGUUUAAGACUGUUAGCUGGCGUGAUGCUCUUGCUGUGGUUGCUGAGGUAGCACUUCAAGUUAAACCAGAGGAAAUUGUUGGUAUUGCUGGUCAGCUGUCUGAUGCAGAAUCCAUGAUGGCACUGAAAGAUUUCUUAAACAGAAUGGGGUCAAAUAAUGUAUGGUGCGAGGGAAAUGGCCAGAACCCUGAUGCUGAUCUCCGAUCAGGAUAUAUAAUGAAUAGUGGUAUUGCUGGUCUUGAAAAAGCAGACGUUUUCCUUUUGGUCGGUACCCAGCCAAGGGUUGAAGCUGCCAUGGUAAAUGCGAGGAUCAGAAAGACAGUUCGUGCAAACCAAGCUAAGGUUGGUUACAUUGGCCCUGCAACUGAUUUGAAUUAUGAUCACCAGCAUCUUGGUACAGGCCCUAAAACACUUAUUGAACUUGCUGAGGGUCGCCAUCCCUUUUGCUCAGCCCUAGCGAAUGCCAAGAACCCAGCAAUAAUAGUUGGUGCAGGGCUUUUUGAGAGGGAGGACAAGGAUGCAAUUUUCUCUGUUGUUGAAACAAUUGCAAAGAAUGCGAAAGUUGUCAGACCUGAUUGGAAUGGUUUCAACGUAUUGCUUCUUAAGGCUGCCCAAGCUGCAGCACUUGACCUUGGACUUGUGCCCGAAUCUGCAAAUAGCAUUGAAUCUGCCAAGUUCGUGUAUCUGAUGGGUGCAGAUGAUGUGAACAUGGAAAAGGUUCCAUCCGAUGCCUUUGUGGUUUAUCAAGGGCACCAUGGGGACCAGAGCGUGUAUCGGGCCAAUAUCAUUCUUCCGGCAGCAGCAUUCAGUGAGAAGGAAGGGAUCUAUGAAAAUACAGAAGGGUGCUCACAACAAACAUUGCCUGCAGUUCCAACAGUUGGUGAUGCCAGGGACGACUGGAAGAUUAUUCGAGCACUGUCCGAGGUGGCAGGAGUAAGGUUGCCCUAUGAUUCACUUGGUGCCAUUCGAGCCCGGAUCAGGACUGUGGCACCAAACCUCUUAAACAUGGAUGAGAGAGAGCCGGCAACCUUUUCAGCUUCAUUGAAGCCUGACUGCAGUCAUAAGAUGAGUUUGACUGAUUUCCGGCCUGCCAUUGAUAAUUUCUAUAUGACUGAUUCCAUUACAAGGGCAUCAAAGAUUAUGGCUCAAUGCAGUGCAACACUGUUGAAGAAGUGAGCAGUAUAUGUAUGGUGCUUUUCUAAUAAAAAUGCAGAUUCACUUUUUAUUUUUUGUAUUUCCCUCCUGUGAUCAUCAUUUGGGCCGUGUGAGGCCGAGGCCCUGAUUGACCAGAGCUUCCGGAACAUUGGAAGUACUUCCAAUAAAAGUUUUUUAGGCAAUGUUUGUUUCACUGUAAUAUGUUAUUUCAAUGUAAUAGAAUUUUCCCUGUAAAACUGUUCGCAUGUAAACUUUGGGAUUUUCUAAUGCAUAUUCUGUUAUAUUGGCUCAA